AUGGCAAAUGAUCGCAAUGCUCAAAAUGUCAUCCGCAGAAAGCUCGUCAUCAUCGGUGAUGGCGCUUGCGGAAAGACGAGCUUGCUGAGCGUGUUCACUCUGGGUUACUUCCCAACUCAUUAUAUACCAACCGUCUUCGAAAACUAUGUUACGGACUGCAGAGUAGACGGAAAGUCAGUACAGCUAGCACUAUGGGAUACAGCUGGGCAGGAGGACUACGAACGAUUACGGCCGUUAGCCUACGCCAAGGCCCACGUCAUCCUCAUAGGGUUUUCGGUCGAUACACCAGACUCUUUAGACAAUGUUAAACACAAGUGGGUCGUUGAGGCGAACGAACGGUGCCCCGGGGUCCCAAUUAUCCUUGUUGGUCUGAAAAAGGACCUACGGGACGACCCCGUCGCCAUUGAGGAAAUGCGCAAAAAGUCUCUUCGCUUUGUCUCUCCUCAGGACGGGGAAAGCAUGGCCAAGGAGAUCGGAGCUCGGAAGUAUCUCGAGUGCUCCAGUCUAAGCGGUGAGGGCGUCGACGAUGUGUUUGAGGCAGCUACUAGGGCCUCUCUCCUUAUGUUCGAGAAGAAUGAAGGCCCUGGGUGCUGCGUAAUAUUAUGA